AUGUUUGACAGCAUCGCCGUCGCCGUUUCAUCGUUCGACGGCUACGUGAGCGAGGUCAUUCUCGCCGAGUUCGCUGGGGUCGAGGCGAAAGUGAUGGAGCGGUAUAAGGCGGACUGGGAGGUGGCGCGCUUGAUUCCGUGCGGCAUGUGGAUGAUCAUGUGGAGCCAUGGCGCAAACGUCUUCCGCGACAGGUUCCAAGAGGUCGUCAACGAGUACAACAGGAUAACCAAGGAGGGCCGCGCAGCUCUUAAUGCAGUUCUUGGUCCGGCGCUGUGGUUCCUCGACCUGCCGGAGUCGACCGAUCCCGAGAAGGCCGCCAAGAACAAGAUGGCGAGCGACAUGAUCGCGCGCGUGGUGAUGUGUGCCGCCUACGCACCUGUGGUCGCGAAAGUCUCGCCCAUCCCGGGCACCAAUGCCACGCCGGAACAAGCGGCAGGCGAAGGGGGGGCGGCAGCCACCGUCCGCGGAGCGUCCGCUGCGUUCGCGAGUCGGUGCAAGAGCGUCAUCGAGGCGGUGCUUCAGCAGGCGUCCGCUCGGGAGGUCGGCGAAGAGGAGGUCGCCGAAACGGUGACGAAGGACCUGCAGGCGGCUGUGGUGAGGUCGCUGCCUGAGGGCGGAGAGGAGCGCGAGCACGACGAGCUUAUCGCCCGUGUCAUGAUCGAGAACCUCGCCUUCUGGGGGGAGUGCUAUGUCGGAGGCCCGAAGCUCAGGGCUCGCGGCGUCGCCUUGCCUGUCGACCCCGCAAUGAGGAUUAUCGUUCGGGACAGGGGGGCGAGGGGCCAGCACAAAGGGAAGCAGGUCGUGGACGCAUAG